UAGGAGGAUCUCUUUCCCUCCGGCCUGCGCUUAAGCACCUCUGCUUGAAAAGGAAAUACCUGGUCGUCAGGUCCAGGAGCAACUAAACACCUUGUUCCUUGUCAUACCGUGAGGCCAAGAGCAGCUUAAUCCAGAACUGUGUGGUGGAUGUUAGAUGGAAGUUCAUUGUGGUGAUACCAGAUCUGUGCAGGCACACACAGAGAUGUAAGGCAGAAGAAAUUGGAUGAACCUUCGGGAUGCAGAAACAGGGAAAAUCCUCUGGCAAGGAACAGAAGAUCUGUCUGUACCUGGAGUGGAGCAUGAAGCUCGAGUUCCUAAAAAAAUCCUGAAAUGCAAAGCAGUAUCUCGGGAGUUAAACUUUUCCUCAGCAGAACAAAUGGAAAAAUUCCGUCUGGAACAGAAAGUUUAUUUCAAAGGGCAGUGUCUAGAAGAAUGGUUCUUUGAAUUUGGUUUUGUGAUUCCUAACUCCACAAACACUUGGCAGUCCUUGAUAGAGGCAGCACCUGAAUCACAGAUGAUGCCAGCUAACGUUUUAACUGGUAAUGUUAUUAUAGAAACCAAAUUCUAUGAUGACGAUCUUCUCGUAAGCACUUCCAGAGUGAGACUUUUCUACGUUUGAGAUGGGGCUUUUUGGAGCUGUUUUAGUUUUCCUCCAUACAGUUCUUGGUGCAGAACCCCCCGACUAUCCAGUGGAAGACACUCCUGUAGGCGGUGACCCUGGGGACCAGCUCAGCGUGGGUUGUGACCUUUGCCCAUCAGUUAUUUUGCUUUCUCCUCUGACAAGACCAGACCAAACCCUCAGAGACGGGGCCAUCUGCUCAGCGAUGCCCUCAGGAAGAGAGGCUGUCUCUGAACACAGACAAACGAUGGUCAUGCAGAACCAGUACUGUAAAUUUAUGGUAGUCUCAUCCUUUCUACUUCUCUGGACCCUGGUAUAAUCUCCCAUUUCCACUCAAACCAAACUCUCAAUGCUUUUCUUUUGGGGUUAAGUUAACCUUUUCAUUUUUCUCAUGUAGAUUUUUAUCCUUUCGCUGGAUUUCUGUGUAACUGGUCCACACAUCCUGUUACCCCAAACUUGUAAAAUAGACUGUGAUAUCACCUAAUGUAAUUAAAACCAAUUUCUCAAUUAAAACAUUCCUACCGUCCAAAGAAGGGAAGAAAUGUUA